AUGUUAACCAUAACCUUAGUCGCAAGCGCAAAUGGCACUCCAGUGCUCUUCCGUCCCCCGGACUGCGAUGAUAUCUCCUUUACGAUCGCUGUUGCAAACUCCGCAAAUGCAUCUCAUCACCCUGCCAUAUUCCUCCAAAUUGAAGCACCGAUUGCCGUCGAGUGGAUUGCACUAGGACUAGGCGACCAGAUGGACGGCGCGGAUAUGUUCUUGGUCUAUGCGUCUUCGCCGAAGGGGGUCACUGUAUCGCCGCGUGCUGGGACCGGCCAUGUUCCACCAGAGUACAAUCCAAAAGCCCGCUUUUCCAUCCUCCCGAAAACAGGCAUCGUGAACGAGACCAUGAUUGCGAGGUUCCAAUGCCACAGCUGCCUAGAAGUUACAACAAAUGCGACGGAAUCUGCCAGCAGCUGGAUAUGGGCGUACAAGAACGGGCCGCCCAUGAACACGCACAAUGUAACGGCUACGAUCGACUUCCAUGAUGCAUUCGGGGCCGUCGUUGUUGACUUAAACCACGCGCGCUCAACAGAUUUGAGUGAUGAUGGCGAUCCCUUCAGGGAUGCUCGCUUGAUUAGCGAGCCCUCCACCUCCGAGUCUCCGGCCCAUUUCAUCAUGGCCAUCGCGCACGGCUGCCUUAUGGGCAUUACCUUCGUCCUGCUCCACCCACUUUUCGCUCUGCUAGUACGUCUCUCGAGCUAUCGACACGCCAUAACCAAAGUACACGCCCCAUUACAAGGUCUCGCCUUGCUAAUCACGAUAGCCGGAUUCAUCCUCGGUGUUAAAAUGUGGGUGAACGGCGGCACCACACCUGCUGCACAUCCUAUCAUCGGAGUGAUUGUCGUAGCGAGCCUAUUGCUAUUGCAGCCUUCUCUUGGGUGGCUGCAACACAUACAUUUUAGGCGAACGGGGAACAAGAGCAUGUUUGCGUAUGGGCAUCGGUGGCUGGGUAGGACGAUGAUUGUCCUCGGCAUGAUCAACGGCGGAUUGGGGUUUUGGUGGGUGGGUUCCGGCACGAGGUCAUGGAGGGCAGGAUUAAUUGUCUAUGCGGUCGUGGCGGGUGUAGUCUUCCUGGUGUACAUGCUUGUCCAUAUCUGUCUAUUGGCCGGUGUCACAAGGCAACAGGAGGAUGUGCACGGCAUUCGACCAGAGGAUGAAGUCUCGAUCGAGCAAGUGGGAAGCCUGGCCGGCGGCGAUGGGGGAAAGGCCUUGGGUCGCCAGUCUAUCACCUGA